GCUCCCAGCGGCGCCAUCUUUGAUGGGUCGGACAUGGCGCGAGGCGAUUGAGCAGAGUGAGUUCGUUCUUCUUUUUGGGUUUGGAAGUCUCGGAUUACCGGGUUUUCACUCAGCCUCUUCCGCACACUGGGGAAAAAAAGGACCGCUGUUCUGAGCGGUUUUACUUCCUCCGGAGCUCAACUUGUUUCCGACUCGCAUUACUGGCCUUGAUUUGUGUGUCGCCAUGGCCUGGGCGCUGAAGAUGCCGAUGCCGGAUGAGGUGAUUGAAUCUGGGUUGGUGCAAGAUUUCGAUGCCAGUUUGUCCGGAAUCGGUCAAGAAUUGGGCGCAGGAGCCUAUAGCAUGAGUGAUGUCCUUGCGCUGCCAAUCUUCAAACAGGAAGAGUCCAACUUGCCACCAGAGAAUGAGAAUAAACUGCUACCCUUUCAGUAUGUCCUGUGUGCUGCUACCUCUCCAGCUGUGAAACUCCAUGAUGAAACACUAACAUAUCUUAACCAAGGGCAGUCGUAUGAAAUUCGGAUGCUUGACAAUCGGAAAAUUGGGGAGUUGCCUGAAAUCAAUGGCAAAUAUGUGAAGAGUAUUAUCCGAGUGGUGUUUCAUGACCGACGUCUACAGUACACUGAGCACCAGCAGUUAGAAGGAUGGAGGUGGAACCGGCCAGGAGACAGGAUCCUAGAUUUAGAUAUCCCUUUAUCAGUAGGAAUUGUCGACCCCAGAGCAAAUCCAACACAACUAAAUACAGUGGAGUUUCUAUGGGACCCUUCAAAGAGAACUUCCGUAUUUAUCCAGGUGCACUGCAUCAGUACUGAAUUCACAACACGGAAACAUGGAGGAGAAAAGGGUGUGCCUUUCCGAAUUCAAAUAGAUACGUUCAAGGAGAAUGAAAAUGGUGAAUAUACAGAGCAUCUUCAUUCAGCUAGCUGCCAAAUCAAAGUGUUCAAGCCAAAGGGUGCUGAUAGAAAACAGAAAACAGAUAGGGAAAAGAUGGAAAAACGAACUCCUCAGGAGAAGGAAAAAUAUCAGCCUUCUUAUGAUACAACUAUUCUCACAGAGUGUUCUCCCUGGCCAGACAUUUCCUACGUUAACAAUACGGCAUCUCCUGGCUUUAGCAGUUCGCAGGGCAGUUAUACCAUUGCUGAAGGAAAUGGAUCCCCUCAUCAUCAGCCUGACCCGGUUCCUGCAAGCACUGAUCUCAAUAAUUCUAUUGAAUUUUCACUAGAUUUGACACUGGGAACCUUUCGCAAGUGGGCUUGUCGGGAACUGUCCGUGUCUCCCGUCUCCGAAAAUCAGAAUCUGUUGCCAACAGCCACACCUCAGGACGCUCAGCAGUGGUUGCACAGAAAUCGAUUUUCUCCAUACUGCAGGCUCUUCGCAAACUUCUCUGGUGGCGAUCUGCUAAAGCUGACGAGAGAUGACGUCAUCCAAAUAUGUGGCCCUGCAGAUGGAAUCCGACUCUUCAAUGCCCUCAAAGGAAGGAUGGUCAGACCAAGGCUGACGAUUUAUGUUUGUCAGGAAUUACAACAAAUUCGAGAGCAGCAGCAGCAUAAACAUGAAAAUGGUGAUUCUGUAAGCUGUUCUUUCUAUGUGUACCACGCAAUUUAUUUUGAAGAAUUAACAGCAGUUGAAAUGACUGAGAAGAUUGCCCAACUUUUCAAUAUUUCUCCUCGUCAAAUCCAUCAGAUCUACAAGCAGGGACCCACGGGUAUUCACGUGCUUGUGAGUGAUGAGAUGAUCCAGAAUUUCCAGGAUGAAUCUUGUUUCAUUUUAGACACAUUAAAAGCUGAGGGCAGUGACAGUUACCAUAUAAUCCUGAAGUGAGUAAUUUCCACAGCAUCUUCAGUGAAUAACUUUACCCCUUGUUUGUGGUUCUCGCUUUUGGACGAAAAAUAUUUACUGCCCCUUAAAAAGACAAGAGGAUAUUGCUGCCUAUCUUGCUGAGGCAGGAGGGAUCAUGAUGAAUUUGCAUACACGUUCAGCAGCAUGACACAAGUGACUAACAUUUGUUGAAGCAAAUUCUUGCUGACAGUUGGAGGCACAGGAUUAUGUAAUGGGGAAAAAAAGACCAUAUGUGAGCAUGUUUCUGAAAAAUUGGAUUUUCCUGUUAAACUAUGAUGGAAAAUUGCUCCUGAUCAUGUGAAAAAUGUAUUCAACGCUGUCCUUGAUUGGCGAGAUGAAUGGGCUAGGCAGAGCCUAUCAAAUCUACUGGUUGUUCUUCAUGCUUGAUUUUACAUUUUUUUUUACUCUGUGCAUGAUUUGAGUGCCAAGGGGAUGGAAGCUAGUUCAGGCAUGCAUUUUAAAUGGUUCAGCCUGGUCAAGAGUUCCACUUGAGGUGCUUAUUUAUGCAGUCAUCUGCACAUUUUGAAUCAUCUAAAUUUCAGUUCAAUGUUAGUAACCUGGCCCAAACCUUUUAUGCAACUUGGUAUCAUUAAACUCUGCUUUGAUGCAUUGCUUUGAAAUCGCUGAUUUGGAUCAUAACUUAUUUAUUUACUGGGGUUCUACUUUGAGGUUGAGUAUCUCUCCAGCCGGUUGUGGAUUUUUGUUAUGUGGUUCUGGUUGAUCAUUUAUGAAGCAAUAUUGCUAACUGCAUGCAGUGCCAGUGCUCUGUAUAGUCCUCCCCUGCCAAGUGAAAACUGAAGUUUUUUAGAAAAAUGAAGGCUAGUAGAACAGUUUAAAGUGAUUUCUAAAGUGUGUAAAUUCAGACUGGUUUUUAAUUAUGCCAGCAAUUCUGAAGCUUAAAUAUCAGCAUAUUCUUAACUUUUUAAUCUGAACACUCAAGUUUAAUUUGUCCAAUACUUAGGACAGUACAUAAAUUAGAUGCUCCUAUCAUAGUUCACUGAAGUGUUCUCUCAUAUUUUGUCCCAUAUAUGGCUGUAACAAUGUGGGAACUUAUAUCGAUACUCUAUCCAAUGGAGUGUUUAUAGUGGAAAAAUGCCUGAUGGGAAACAUUUUGUUAACUUUGCAUUUUUCAACUCGACAACGACACUGAAUUUUUAUCUUGUCUGUGCUUAUCUAUGAUGACUCAGAGGAACCAUGGAACCUACAAUGGUAAGAUUCCACAUAGGCUAGUUUCUAAUCCACUUGGUCUAAGAUGUUAUUGCACAUCUCUGGAGAUCCCAGUAUAUUAAAAGGAGUGGCAAUUAACAAUGGAAGCUGCUCCAACAAAAGAAUGUUUCACAUUCCUUAUCCUGAAGCACAGCUGCACAACUGCUAAAUAAGCUCCUUAAGCCUUUUUGUUAAAAAACGUAGAUGUUUUUGGAACCUAGCCAGUCGAAGUAGCAUCAUUUUAGGAUUGGAGAAUGUUGGGUGCAAAUGUCUAACUACGUACUUUUUAAAGAGUCAGCCGAUUGCUUUCCCGGCCAGUGAAAUUAUCAAUGCCCUGUCAAACUCCAGUUGGCUUUCUUUAAAUAAAUAUAAGGAGAGGCAUCAAAAUGGAAGUGCAGAGAGGGCAUACAGGAUUGGCCUGAAGUUUCUCAUUCGGACACUUCAGUAAAAUGAAUGCAGGAGUCGCUGAGGGAACCAGUGAAGUUGGACUCUCCAUUCUGCACUUAAGUUCAUUUGCAAGUUUUAUUUAAUCAAACCUUCAGGACUUUUUUUCCUAAAAACAGUAGUUUAACUUUGGCUGUGUAUGGUAUGACAGACUGUCUCGUAAUAUUUUUCUUUCUAUUGUGGACUGAGACUUAAGAUCUUGUAGACCAAUUGCAGCAAUCUAGAAUUGAUGAUUUGAAACCAUGCCUUUCAAUUGUAGCUACUGUACAGCAUGUUUGCAGACCCUGAAUGGGCUGGCACAUUUAAUUGGAGCUCUUCAACGCAUAGAAUUUCCAGAGGAACUGGGGAAGAAAGCAGUGUGGUGAUGGUUAAUAUCCUUUUUAUUAAGGUGACAUUUCAUGUAAUGAUGUCACAUUGAAAUAUGUUGUAACAAUUUUUAAAAAUAUUUUUCCUAUGCAAAUGGAUUACAAAAUGUAAAAAAAACUGAAAGACAAAAUGACAAGCUUGUUUAUGCAUUGUACAACUUAACGUGAUAUGGCAAAGUAUUGCCAUCACUACCUGUAAUGUUUUUCUAUACAUGUAUAAUCCAUAAAAUGUACAAUUCACAAUAUGUCAGAUUAAUAGUAAAUUGUGAUUUUAAUUUUCUAGCUGUCUCUGGUUUAUGACUGUUGGGGUUCUGUCUGGAAAUUGAGUAUUUGAGGACAAACUUUUGAUUCCCUUAAAGCUGUUUAAUUUGUAUUUGUUGUAAAGUUUUGUGUGAUCUGUGCCCUGUGGAAAUAUAAUAAAA